AUGGAGCGAAGACAGCCUGGGGAGGGCCAGCAAGCCCCGAAGGAUGAGAAGGAGGUGAUCCGCCGGGCCAUCCAGAAAGAGCUGAAGAUCAAAGAGGGAAUGGAGAAUCUCCAAAGGGCGGCCACUAACCAUCGCCACUUGGGCCAUGUGCAGCAGCUGCUGCGGGCCUCGAAUCAGCGACUGGCUCAGCUGCACCAGGAGCUGCAGGAAUUGCAUGCCAGCGUCCUGCUGCCCAGCCCUGGGCCUGCUGAACCCGAGGCCUCGGGGCGCCCACCCCCCUUGGAGCAGCCGAGGGCCCGGCUCCUGGAGGCGCUGCAGAGACAGUUACAGGUGGAGCUGAAGGUGAAGCAGGGUGCCGAGAAUAUGAUCCACACGUUUGCCAGUGGCACCCCCAAGGAGAGGAAGCUCCUGGCUGCUGUGCAGCAGAUGGUUCGGGACAGCCAGCUCAAGGUGACUCUGCUUCGGAUGAAGAUCAGCCACCUGGAGUCCCCCGGGUCCCCAGAGCCAGGUCUGGAGCUGCGGGUGGAGGAGCUUCGACACCGUAGGCAUGUAGAAGCCGCCGUGGCCCAGGGAGCCAAGAACGUGGUCAAGCUGCUGGGCAGUCGGCGCACACAGGACCGGAAGGCACUGGCAGAGGCCCAAGCCCAGCUCCAGGAAUCCUCGCAGAAAUUGGAUCUCUUGCGCCUGGCUCUGGAGCGGCUACUGGAGAAGCUGCCCACUGCCCACCCUCUGCGGGACAGGGUGGCCCGGGAGCUGCGGAUCCCUACAUCUGGGCACCCCCAGCCUUCAGGGACACUCGUGAAGCCCACUGCCAUGACAGGUACAUUGCAGGUGCGUCUUCUGGGCUGUGAGCAUCUGCUGAGGGAUGUGCCUGGACGGUCCCCAGCGGCUGCACUGGCUGGAAGCCCCUCGCCGGGCUGGCGUCUGGGCAGGGCCAAACAGCCUCGUGACCGGAGGGAGCUGACUUGUGAGGUUCUAGCUGUGCUGAAGGUGGACAAUCGCGUUGUGGGCCAGACGGGCUGGGCGCCCAUGUCCCGGCAGUCCUGGGACCAGACCUUUACCAUCCCCCUGGAGCGGGCUAGAGAGCUGGAGAUUGGGGUGCACUGGCGGGACUGGCGGCAGCUGUGCGGGGUGACCUUCCUGCGGCUUGAGGACUUCCUGGACAAUUCGUGCCACCAGCUCAGCCUCGGGCUCCUGCCACAGGGCUGGCUCUUCCUCCAGGUGACCUUCUGUGACCCUGUCGUUGAGCGGACACCCCGGCUGCAGAGGCAGAAGCGCAUUUUUUCCAAACGUAGAGGUCGGGACUUUGCCAGGGCCUCUCAGAUGAACCUCGGCAUGGCAGCAUGGGGUCGUUUGGUCAUGAGCUUGCUGCCUCCCUGUAGCUCCCCCAGCUCCAUCAGCCCCCCAAAAGGGUGCCCCCAGGCCCAAGCCACACGCCGUGAGGUUGACUCUACAGCACCCAGGCACCCCUCAGCCAAGCAGCCCUCCUCGGGAAAAGAGAGGCUCAUGCCCCCUCCAAAACCCCCACGUCUUUACCUGCCCAGGGAAUCUGUCCUAGAGGAGACACCGCAUACUAAGCGGCCCCACAUAGACCCCAGGACUCGACUUGGGCCACGUGACCCCACUUCUGUCCCCAGGAAAGUGCCCCGACUCCAGGACUUCCGCUGCGUGGCUGUGCUGGGCCGGGGACACUUUGGGAAGGUCCUCCUGGUUGAGCUCAAGGGCACAGGGAAAUAUUAUGCCAUCAAAGCACUGAAGAAGCAGGAGGUGCUAAAUCGUGAUGAAAUCGAGAGCCUGUACAGUGAGAAGCGCAUCCUGGAGACCGUGGGCUGCGCAGGACACCCAUUCCUUCUCUCCCUCCUCGCCUGCUUCCAGACCUUGGGCCACGCUUGCUUUGUGACUGAGUUCGCGCCUGGUGGGGACCUCAUGAUGCAGAUACAUGAGGAUGUUUUCCCAGAAAUCCAGGCCCGGUUCUACCUUGCCUGCGUGGUCCUGGGGCUGCAGUUCUUGCAUGAAAAGAAGAUCAUUUACAGGGACCUGAAGCUGGACAACCUUCUGUUGGAUGCCCAGGGCUUCCUAAAGAUCGCGGACUUUGGGCUGUGUAAGGAAGGGAUCGGCUUCGGGGACCGGACGAGCACCUUCUGUGGCACCCCAGAGUUCUUGGCCCCUGAGGUGCUGACCCAGGAUGCCUACACACGGGCCGUGGACUGGUGGGGGCUGGGGGUGCUUCUCUAUGAGAUGCUGGUGGGCGAGUGCCCAUUCCCAGGGGACACUGAGGAAGAGGUGUUUGACUGUAUCGUCAACGAGGAGCCACCGUUUCCCCAUUUCCUGUCGGUGCAGGGGCUUGACCUCAUUCAGAAGCUUCUCCAGAAAUGCCCCGAGAAACGCCUGGGGGCGGGCAAGCAGGAUGCAGAAGAGAUCCAAACCCAGCCCUUCUUCAGGGCCACCGACUGGCAGGCCCUGCUGUCCCGCACUGUCCAGCCCCCCUUCGUGCCCACCCUCUGCAGCCCCACAGACCUGCGCUACUUUGAGGACCAGUUCACGGCACUGCCACCUGUUCUGACACCACCCGCUGCCCGCAGCCCGCUCAGUGCCCACCAACAGGCCGCUUUCAAGGACUUCGACUUUGUUUCUGAGCGGUUCCUGGAGCCCUGAGCGUCCCCCAGAUAAGGAGAAAGGAGGAGGAGAAGGAGGAGAAGGAUUCCCUCUAGACUGCUCACAGCCAGGAGUGUGGCUGGAUAUUUUUGGGUUUUGUUCUGUUUUAAAUACUGGAGGUGCUUUGUGUAUUAUUAAAUUUAUA